UGACGGCGCCUCCGCCCUGUGGUGAGUGGCAGAAGCAACCUUGCCAGGCUUUGUUGACAUCAUCACGUCAUAUGAUCGAAGGCAAUGGCUGCUGAGAUAAAGCCUCUGCGUGGUGCUCAGCCUGCCAGGACAACACCCACGGACAAGCCUGUGCUGGUGUCCAAAGUAGAGGGAAUUGGGGACGAUAUCAACGCCGCAACACUCAUUAAUGGAGGCACGGGUGUCAUCUCUAUCAGCGAUGACAAGUCUAUGCGCAUUUGGCAGCAGCGGGAUUCAGGACAAUAUUGGCCGAGUGUAUGCCAUUUCCUACCAUCUGUUCCUACCAGUUUUCAUUAUUUGCCAGACCUGAGGUUCCUGUUUCUGGGACUUGAUAAUGGAAGAGUUGUUGAAUUCACAGUUGCUGCAGACUACAACAGCAUCACUCAAGUUCGUGAGUACUUGAGCCACCAGAGUCGUGUCACAGGCCUCAUCCAUUGCGCCUCUGCCAAAUGGAUACUCUCUGCAGCAAGGGACAAGUUCUUUGUGUACCACUGCACCAGUAGUGGACGACGGCUGGGUGGUCACCAGUGCUCGGCAUGGUGCACAGCCCUGCAGUAUGAUGCUAAGAGCACACAUGUGUUUGUGGGAGAUUAUGGAGGACAGAUAACAAUGCUCAAGCUGGAAGAGACUGGUCCACAGGUCAUCACAGUUCUUAAGGGACACAAUGGCUCCAUAAGAUCCCUUGCUUGGGAUGCUGAACGGCAGCUUCUCUUCUCUGGCUCCUUUGACCAGUCUGUGAUUGUGUGGGACAUUGGAGGUGGCAAAGGAACAGCCUUUGAACUUCAAGGACACACGAGUAAAGUUAUUUCACUGGUUUACUGUAAGAAGAGUCAUCAGUUAAUUUCUGGAGGAGAAGAUGCUAUUGUGGUGUUCUGGGACAUGAAAGCCAAUAGGCAGGAGACACCCGAGUGGUUGCAGUCUGAUACUUGUCAGUAUUGUGAGCGACCAUUCUUCUGGAACAUAAAAGCCAUGAUGGACCAGAAGCAGAUUGGUCUUCGUCAGCAUCACUGUCGGAAAUGUGGAAAGGCAGUUUGUGAUAACUGCAGCAGCAAGAGAUCCUGCAUCCCAACAAUGGGAUUUGAGUUUGAUGUAAGAGUUUGUGAUAAGUGCCACACAUCAAUAUCAGACCAAGACCGUCAGUCACUGGCCAAAUUUCAUGAAGUGAAGCAUAGCAUAGUCAACAUGGACCUUGAUGAGGAGACUGGUCUUCUGCUCACUGUGGGUCAGGACCGAAUCAUGAAAAUAUGGGAGGUGUCAAGUCUGCUGAAUUGAUCCCAAGAGGAGGGUGAGGAGCCAUGGCAGACCCAGGUGCUGCAGACAGCUAGUGCAUUGCUGUGAGGGACUGCUGGCUCCCACCCACAGGACAACACUAAGAUUCUGUUUGGUGAGGAAUAAUUAGGGAUACACUGGUAGGCGUCAAAUUGUUUGAUUUGCAGUUGAUCUUUUUAUUGUUGAUCAACUGAAUGUGUUGCUGCAUCAAGGAUUUCAUAUGGAAUGCCAUAAAUUUUUCAUUUUAAAUUAUAUCUGUGUAGAAAUAUACACACAUUUUCAGGCUCUCAGAUUGAAAUGUUCUGUAUUAGAUUCUUUAUUCAUUAAUUAUACAUAAACUGUGUUGAUGUAUCAAGUGCACAUUACUACUCUUAAGAGUCAAAAGGAGACAAUGCUGAAUGUGUCAGUGUUUCAGCAAGGUUUGUAAUUAGAAAACACCAGCACUGGCAGGGAGGUGCAGGCCAUGUCCACAGCAUGUCCAGCAGAAGGCAAGAGUAUUCAAAUGUGUACAAUACUACAAUUCAUAAUAAGCCUAUUCUGUGCCGCGUUCCUCACAUUCAGAGCUACCAAAGUAUUUGUAGUCUGAUGAAAAGUGGAGAUGUACCAGGUGUAAAAUACAUUGAUAUUCUUUAGCACUCUCCUUAUGUUACCUCCAAUUUAUGACAAAUGUUAGGGCAGUAUAGGAUGGAAUGAAGAUGUUUGAUGAUUUGGUGUAAAAAGACCUCUCCCACUCAGUCAGCAUUUGAAUUUUUGAGAUGUGUUUUAGUAUUUGCUUUUCCCUUCUCAUGUCCUUGGGUCUAAGGACAGGGAUUGUAGCAAGACUCACUGGAGUAAAGUGUGAAGGUUGCUGGAGUGUACAGUAAUUAAUUCCUAUAGCACUGUUAUCUUAUCACUAAUGCGUUAGGAUAUUGGAACCACUUAGGUAGGUCAGCCUACUGUGCUUGACUUGGGUGAAGUGUGGAUGGUACAGUACGUGGUGUAUGAUCUGUUAAGUAAAUGUGGUGGAUCUUGAAAAUCUGAUAUUAUGGAUCUGACAUUUUGGACUGUGGGAAUGUUAAUAAAGAAAAGAAAAUUCUCUCACAUCAUAGGCUAUGGCAUGGCUUGUGUGUCUUUCUUGUUUAGUGUCAUGAUACUCUUCUUGGCUUGUAUUGGGACAAAGGAGAUAAGUGUGUGAGCAACAUUCACUACAGACAGAAAGCUGAGUAAUUCCUGGACUUCACCUUUCUCUUUUGGUGGGAUUUAGCUUUGAUACAUCACACACACACACACACACACACACACACACACACACACACACACACACACACACACACACACACACACACACACACACACACACACACACACAUACACAGUAAGCUUAUUCAUUUCCUUCAGUUUUUAUUCAUUUUGUUCCUUUUUAAGUAGAUUUCAUAUACAUUUGUAGUAGACUGAAGGCAGAAUAUCACAGCACUUAUUAAUUAUUUAAUAGCUAAUGUGUUUUUUUAACAAUAUAUGUAAGAUUCCUUUCUAGCUAUGAAUGUACUUGGAGCCUCAUUUCUAUUUAUUCUUCUUUGUUGUCACUGCAUUCCAUGGUAAUGCAUGAAGUUCGUGUUUUGUUGAGUUUUGGUGAACUAGGAAUGAAUGUGUUAUUUAAAAUUCUCUACUCCUUAUAUUGGGGACAACUUUGACAAUGCCUUUGCCCUUGAGUGUAGAUGCAGGAUUCUCCUUAGGUAGAAUCUUGGCAUGAAUAGCUAGGUCCAUAUUCUUAAAUGUUUCAGCAUCUUGUCUCAGCUGCAUGAAACAGGCUGUAAUGGAAGCUAUUGGAAUGUUCAGGGGUGUUUUUAUAAUUCUAGUAAUAGUUAACAGACCAUUAUGGAAGAUAUUGGAGGUUUUCAAGAGCAUUUUCAGUAUUGUAGUGAUAGCUUACCAAAGCUUCUGAGUCAUCACUGGAGAGAAACAUCCAUGAGAGUUUGACUAAUCAUCUUUGGUCUUCAGAAAAUAUUGUAGUGAGAGCCUGAAGUGUUUCAAAAUAUGGACCUUGAUCCCAGUAUGAUUAUAUACAGUCCAUUAACUAGCUUAGAGGUUCACUAAAAUCUUAAAAAGAAACAUAUUUUAAUUAUUCUCACCUGUAUAAGCACUAGUCAUUUGUGGGAAGGCAUACAUCUAGUCCUUUCUAUACAAAUAGAUAUAUGAUAUUUAUCUAGUCGAUUAACAGAGCAGACUAAUCUGCAUUUUGGAGGAAAAUAUCCAAUACUUCACCAUAACUGUUUGACUGGUAAUGGCAGUAUUUUACUUAAUUUGAAUAACCCUUGCGGAUUUUACCAAGCAAGUAUGUACAUUACUACAAGCACUACAAAAAUUUGAACUAUUCGACAACUCAUCUUGAUGCCAGUGGUGUGUUCCAAAAUUAUACUCAUGAACUUGCUUUAAGCCAUUCUGUUGUUUAAGGGGAAGCCAUAGCAGUCAAACUUAUAUAAUAUGCAUGGUUUGUUUUAUUUAUUUAUAAUGUAACAAUGUGUGUUUUGGAUUCUUUUCUGAUUUGGUAUUUAUUGCUUUAUUUCCUUUUGGGUUCCUGUCCUCUGAAGCUGUACAGUUAUCCAAAGUGGUGACGUCACAAAGUCCAGUAAAUUUCAUGGUUGUAAAUUAAAUACACAUUAAUAUAUGUGCUGUUGAACUGCUUUAUGUCAAGAACUCCACAAAGAUCAAGAAAUGGGAAUGUGAAAAGCAGAGGCAGUUGUCUGAUACUGUUAUCGGAGAGACUAUGUAGAAUAUGACCUCACCACUUUGAGCAACUGUACAUGGAGGAAAACUAUAAGUAUUAACACUUCAGUUUGUAUAACUUUAUACAUUGUGUUUGAACAGCAUUAUGUUGCAUUUAGUUUUUUUUUUCACUCUUGCAUUUUUCUCAUGAGCCAAAGCUAAUUUGUUGCAGAUACGAUUUUAAUAUCUUUAUCUAGAGAUAAUUACUGAGUUAUUUUUUUUUUUAUUUUGUGUUGGUUUUUGGUGUUACAUGUCUGGAAAUGACAUAGAGGAUCCAUUUAUCACAUGAUAUAGUACAUACUGUUUAUUCCUAUGACAUUGUUAUAGUAAAAUAUAAAAGAGAUUGAAAAGAGAUUUAGUUUACUUAUUAUUUAUUGAGGAUUCUUAUGUAUGUUUAUAUUUAGUUUACUUAUUAUAUAUUGAUUGAAAAGAGAUUUAGUUUACUUAUUAUUUAUUGAGGAUUCUUAUGUAUAUGUAUAUUUAAUUUACUUAUUAUUUACUGAGGAUUCUUAUGUAUAUUGAUGUUAUUGUUUUGUGGUGCAGUUGAAAUAUCGUUGUAGUUGUCAUAAUCCAGAAACUGCUGUUUACAUGACAGUUACAUAAAACUUGUGUGAUUGUGUUGUGGGAAUGUAUUGACAUGCAAGUUUGCAAUGUCUGUACCGUUAUCCCAAGUAGUGGUGUCACAAAGUCUAGUGAAUUUCAUGUUUAUAAAUUUAAUAAAAAUUAAUAUGUGGACUAAUUCAUUACUUUAUAUUAAGAGCUCCACAAAGACCAAGAAGAACUGAGGAUGUGGUAGGUGGAGGUAGUUGCCAGGUAAUUAUAUUUAGUCUGAAGCAUUUUGUACAAUAUGACACGACUACUUUGGGCAACUGUACAUUGUGGACAGCUAUUUGUAUAAAGGAAGGUCCACAUCCUUUUCCUAGUCUCUGUAUUUGGAAGGAAGAGGGAAG